AUGAAGUUCUCCCUCAGUCAAGCCAUCCUGGCCCUAAUACUGCCAACGGCACUGGGCAUCUACGCCCAGAGCGGCCGCAGCCCCAAAUGUGUUUGCUGCUCCGCGCUGGCGAAAGACCCCCUCCUCCAAGGAAAGGUGUUGGCCCCCAAUACCACGGCGUACAGCUCUCGUUUGGAGUCGUACUACUCCUCCAACUCGGCGCAGGCGAGCUGGUGUAUGGUGUUGCCUACAUCCACGUCUGAUGUGUCGAACAUUGCGAAGAUCAUUUCGAAGCAUCAAUGCCCUUUUGGCAUGCGCAGUGGUGCUCACUCAGCCUGGAAGGGUUCCAACGCAGCUGAGAAUGGCAUCACUAUUGACUUCGGUCACAUGAAUGCUACCACAUAUGACAAAGAGAAGGGCAUCGCCUCUAUUCAACCCGGUUCCGAUUGGGAAAGGGUCUUCAACAAGCUUCGACCCCAUGGCGUAACCACCGUGGGUGGCCGGGCAUCAGUCGUCGGCGUCGGUGGCUUUGUCACUGGCGGCGGUUACUCUUUCCACACCAAUGCCUAUGGUUUUGCCUGCGACAUGGUGGCCAACUUUGAGAUUGUUCUGGGCAACGGCACGGUGGUCAAUGCCAAUUCUCGGGAGAAUCCUGAACUGUGGAAGGCUCAGAAGGGUAGCUCCGGAAACCUCGGGUUCGUAACUCGGAUCGAUGAAUAUGUUGUCGAGUCGACAGACAUGUGGGGAGGGCUCACGCAGUACGACCCCAGCGUGAAAGAGCAGCUGUUCGAAGCCUUCAUCAACUUCUCCGAGAACAUGCAUGCGGAUCCUGCAAGUCAGAACAUCGUUGGGAUGUCUUGGGGACCACGAAGGGGUUAUGCUCUGCGAUCCAUCCUGACGAACAGCGCCGCCGUCCAGGAUGCUCCGGCGUUUAAUGAGUACAUGACGAUUCGGAACAUCUCGAGUACUUCCCGCGUUGCGGCUGUAGCCGAAAUGGUUCCGGAAUUCACGGGUCCUACGCCGCUCGGUCUCUAUGCCAAUUGGUUGGUUGGUCAGUUCAAAAACAGCUUUGACAUGAUGAAGUUCGUCAACAACAAACUUGAAGAGUACGGCAAGAAGAUGGACGCAGCGGUGCCCGACGGCACGGACUAUGACGUCCUCGUGCAAUUCCAGCCGUUUACUCAGUCCAUAGUCGAUAAGGGCCUCAAGAACGGCGGCAACGUACUCGGCCUCGAAGAUGUUGUGGCUGACGGACCCACGACCAAUUGGUUGAUUGUCCUGACCGUUGACACACCUGCCAACCAGGAUAAGUUGCUCCCGCUCGCACUGCAGUUACGGGACGAUAUCAAUGCCGAGUCCAAGAGGCGGGGUGUGUACAAGGACUUGAAGUAUCUCAACUACGCUUGGGGUGAUCAGAACCCGAUUGCGACCUAUGGUGAGAAGAACGUGGCGUUUAUCAAGUCAGUGGCGUCAAGGGUUGAUCCCGAUGGUGUAUUCCAGAAGCUGCGGAAGACAGGCUUCAAGCUACCGGCUUGA